GUAACGGGAGCGUUUCGAACAUGGCGGCCUCCAAAGCGAACGGGCCAGCCCCAGCGGGUGGGAAAAGUGAAUUUCGUAACCAGAAGCAGAAGCAGGAGAACCGAGAUGAAUCAGAACUCCUCACUGUUCCUGAUGGUUGGAAGGAACCAGCUUUUUCCAAAGAGGACAAUCCCAGAGGACUCUUGGAGGAAAGCAGUUUUGCAACUUUGUUCCCAAAAUAUAGAGAGGCUUACUUGAAAGAGUGCUGGCCAUUGGUUCAAAAAGCCUUGAAUGAACAUCAUGUUAAUGCAACCCUGGACCUGAUCGAGGGCAGCAUGACUGUUUGUACAACAAAGAAGACUUUUGAUCCAUACAUCAUCAUUAGGGCCAGAGACCUAAUAAAACUAUUAGCAAGGAGUGUUUCAUUUGAACAGGCAGUACGAAUUCUUCAGGAUGAUAUUGCAUGUGACAUCAUUAAAAUAGGUUCUUUAGUAAGAAAUAAAGAAAGAUUUGUAAAAAGAAGACAACGGCUUAUUGGUCCCAAAGGAUCUACAUUAAAGGCAUUGGAACUCUUAACAAACUGUUACAUUAUGGUUCAGGGAAACACGGUUUCAGCCAUUGGACCUUUUAGUGGCUUAAAAGAGGUUCGAAAAGUAGUCCUAGAUACUAUGAAGAAUAUUCAUCCAAUUUAUAAUAUUAAAACCUUAAUGAUUAAACGAGAGUUGGCAAAAGAUUCUGAAUUAAGAUCACAAAGUUGGGAAAGAUUUUUGCCACAGUUCAAGCACAAAAAUGUGAAUAAACGCAAGGAACCAAAGAAAAAAACUGUUAAGAAAGAGUAUACACCAUUCCCACCACCACAACCAGAAAGUCAGAUUGAUAAAGAAUUGGCUAGUGGUGAAUACUUUCUGAAGGCAAGUCAAAAAAAGCGACAGAAAAUGGAAGCAAUAAAGGCUAAACAAGCAGAAGCUCUCAGUAAGAGACAAGAGGAAAGAAACAAAGCUUUUAUUCCACCUAAAGAAAAGCCAGUUUUGAAACCUAAGGAAGCUUCUACUGAAACUAAAAUUGAUGUGGCUGCCAUCAAGGAAAAGGUUAAGAAAGCAAAGAAUAAGAAACUGGGAGCUCUCACAGCUGAAGAAGUUAAGCUUAAAAUGGAAGUAGAUGAAAAGAAAAAGAAGAAAAAAAAGUAAUACAAAAAAACCCUGACCCUAGAACUUAUUAAGCUAUCUCCUUUUAUAAAGGACUUUGAGGUACUGGGGCAUUAGUUGCCUUAUGUGUAGGAAGUAAUACUCUGAUUGCUUUUUUCUGAGUUUGUUUUGUUCUUUAUAACAAUGUUUAUAUAUAUAUAUGGCUGUUAUUUAUAAACAUAAAUUACUAGAGGCCUGGUGCAUGGAUUUGUGCACCGAUGGGGUCCCUCGGCCUGGCCUGCAGGGAUCAGGCCGAAACCGGCAGUCCAACAUACCCCAAGGGAUGUAGUAGUGCGUGAAGUGGCAGGUGGCUGGGGAGGAGCCGGAGCCCUGGCCGGGAGCUGCGCCGCUCCCGCUCAUCCCAGCCCUGCUGUGCCUGCCGCCACCUCUCAGGCUCACUGCUGCUCCACUGCGGUCUCCACGCACCCGUCCUAGGGCGACACUGGCGCACCCAUGACUGAGAAGCAGUCGCAGGCUCGCACCCAGUCAGCCCCGAUGCCAGUCCUGAUCCUGGUCUGGAUGGGGGAGGGGCGUGCAGGGGGAGUGUCCUUGGGAGAGGCUGACACCGCCACAGCUGUGCUCACCAGCUGUGAGCCCAGCAUCUGGCGCCCAUCAGUCAGCUGAGCUCCUGCACUGAGUGUCUGCCCCCUGGCAGUCAGUGCGCAUCAUAGCUACCAGUCAGACGGACACUUAGCAUAAUAGGCUUUUCUAUAUAUAGAUUAUAUUAUCCAUGAUUUUUUUAAAACUUUUAUACUAGAGAGUGGUAUAUAUGUCUUGGUAUACAUUGCGCCUAAUCUGUUCCAGGCAGUUUGGUCUAGCAUGAUUUUAAAAGUAAUUCUUUAGGUUGUUUAUGUAGGUUUUGGGAAUGUGGCUAUUGUAAUUAUCCAUCAAAUAGAAUAUCUGACACCAUUGGUUAAUUUUUAUAUACAGGGUUGGGCAAAAAUAAGUUACAGU